UAAAAAACAAAAUACAAAAUCCAGUUUAAGCCUGUAAAGUUUCAUGUGACAUCAUCCAGGAUCCAGUGGUAAGAGGAGAGAUUCUGCUGAGGGGGAUCGAGACUCCUUCCCAUCUUGGGUGGUUCAUCAUGUAAGCAACCUCCACUCGUUUUCCAAACAUCCAUCCUUAUGUAGCACUGCGCUGCGAGGUGUGAUGUCAAGACUGAGCUCUUGCAGCUCUCCAGACAAGUCUAAAGGAGAGGCUCGAGGAGAGGCUGAAAACUUCUAACAAGUCCAAAGACUUUCCACAAGACGCACAAGUUUGCAUAAAACAGACAUGGAGUCAAAAACUGAUGCUGGACCAGCAUCGAUGACCAGCAAAGAUCUGGCUUCUAUUGAGGACGAAGAGGUUCUCAACAACAUGCUGGAUAAAGCAACAGAUUUUGAAGAGAGACGAGUGAUACGUGCUGCAUUGAGGGACCUGCUUAAGAAAAAGAGAGAUAAACGAGAGCAGGAUCGAGGAUCGAGGCAGCAGGACUUGAGACAGCAGGGACUGAGCAAAGGACUGACAACAGGUGGAGCUGUUAGCAUAGGCAGAGCAUCCAUGAACCAGCUGCCACCCACAAACAAGCCGCCAAGCCAGCCCUCUGCAUCAGCAAGCAGCAAGGCCAGUCCUGCUGUAGCCUCAGCCCAGAAAUGUCCUCCUGCUGUAGCACCCAACCUUAAAAAUGUCAAACAGAUGCUUCUGGACUGGUGCAGGGCCAAAACAGAGCCAUAUGAGGGGGUGGACAUCCAUAACUUCUCCUCAAGUUGGAAAGACGGCAUAGCCUUCUGUGCCUUGGUACACCGCUUCUUCCCCGAUGCGUUUGAGUACUCCAUCCUCAACCCCAACAAGCCUAGGGAAAAUUUCCAGCUGGCUUUCAACACUGCAGAGAGGCUGGCUGGCUGCCCCCCCCUGCUGGACGCUGAUGACUUAGUCCGGAUGAAUGAGCCCGACUGGAAGUGUGUAUACACGUACAUCCAGGAGUUUUACCGCUGCCUGGUGGAGAAAGGCCUAGUCAAAACUAAAAAGCGGGCAUAGACUUUGCAAAGUCAGACAGCUUUCCUGAUUGGCUGUGGUUAUCAAUUUAAUA